AUGUCCGGCGCAAGGCAUUGGGAACAGGAUAAGGAGGCUACUGUAUACAUCGGAAACCUUGAUGAGCGUGCCUCGGAUAGUCUGGUAUGGGAGCUCAUGCUCCAGGCCGGCCGUAUCGUGAACGUCCAUUUGCCGAAAGAUCGUGUCACCCAGUCACAUCAAGGUUAUGGCUUCGUCGAGUUCAUUAGCGAAGAAGAUGCAGAGUAUGCCUCACGAAUAAUGAAUGGAAUCCGCCUUUUCGGUAAGCCAAUUCGUGUGAACAAGGCGUCGGCCGAUAAACAAAAGUCUGUGGAGAUCGGUGCAGAGCUCUUUGUUGGUAAUCUUGAUCCCAUGGUCACCGAGCAAGUCCUUUACGAUACAUUCAGUCGCUUUGGCAAUCUCAUAAAUCUUCCCAAGAUUGCUCGUGAUGACAACAAUCUGUCCAAAGGUUAUGGCUUUGUGUCAUUCGCCGAUUUUGAAUCCUCCGAUGCAGCAAUUGCCAAUAUGAACGGCCAAUAUCUGAUGAACAAACAAGUCUCGGCGCAAUAUGCCUACAAGAAAGAUGGCAAAGGAGAGAGGCACGGUGAUGAGGCAGAGCGAAUGUUGGCUGCGCAGGCCCGGAAGCAUAAUGUUCGACCACCAACUCAACAGGCUCCAUCGGCUUUCCCUGGGACUGUUCCAGGUGCUGCACCGCCUACAAUCCAGAAUGGGGAUAUCUCUCGACCGGUGAACAUCGUACCCCAGGUACCUGAUCCUAGCAUGGGUCGAAGUAUGCCCAUCGGUUACCAAAACGUACCUCCACAAACUCGCCCUAGCCCGUCCGCAUUAUCGCUCGCCACUCCGCCGCCUGGCCUACCUGCCCGCCCACCGCCAUCUCAAGCUGGAUAUGGAGGUCCUCAAUCUUUCAUCCCUCCUGGGUUUAAUGGCACAGGCCAGCAGCCACCCUUCGCGCCGCAGAGUGCGCCGCCUGGGUUUGCCCCACCAGGAUUCGGACCUCCAGCAGGUCCAUCUGGUGUACCGCCUCCACUACCACCGGGCUUUCAGCAAUCAGGGUACGGAGGUGGCCGAUGA